CUCGAACACUACGUAUCAGAUAAUUAACCACGCUAUUGUCACCCCACCGCAAAUUGUUGGUGGCUCCGAACACCCUUCGGGCCCGAAAUCCUUUCCGAGGGGCCGACUCGAGCGGCAAGCAUUUCGGGCUCGAAUGUUACAUACAUAGCAAGUCAUGAUUCCAGGCGCCCGAAGCAAGCAAUAGUUAAAUUGACCAUCGAGGCACCGGCGCUCAUUCGAGCAAUCCCAGUUACCAACAAGUAAAGCACCUGUCUGCCUUCUAAGUCACCACCACUUCCUCAUUAUCAACCACAAGAUUAGUACCAUGUGCAAUUCAAUCCUCAUUAUAGGCGCGGGCCUUGGCGGUCUGGCUCUUGCUCAAGGCCUCAAAAAGAACAACAUACCAAUCAAGGUCUACGAGCGCGACGCACAGAAGGAUUUCCGCGCCCAAGGUUACCGUCUGCGCAUCGGCACGGAGGGUAUCCUCGCGCUGCGGACCACCCUGACUCCAGAGCUAUUCGGCUUGUUUGAGGCCACCUGCGCAGAAAACGGGUCACUCUCUGGAGGCGCCAGACUUGAUGCCCUGUCCGGCAAGCCGCUCGCCCAGAAUGUUCGUGGCGAAGGCCCUCCUAUUCAGGCCCAUGGCCCUCUGGAACCCUACACUGUGGACCGCGGAGUCUUGCGCGAGGUGCUCAUGACCGACCUUCAAGAGGAGCUACACUUCAGGAAGCGAUUUACACACUACGAGACCACAGAGAAGACGGUUGUCGCGUUCUUUGACGAUGGGACCUCCGAGGAAGGCGCCUUGCUCGUCGGCGCGGACGGACUGCGAUCGCAAGUGCGUAAGCAGCUCCUGGGGCCGUCGUAUCCAUACUUGGACACGGGAAUGCGGAUCGUGUACGGCAAGACAUACAUCACAACGGAGUUUGAGGAGAAAUUCGCUCGAGAGGCACUGGAUGGGAUGACGUUGAUCACUGAGAGGGAGACCAGGUCACCCAAAACGCUGCUGCUGGAGGCGAUUCGAUUUCCGCGGACAAACUCCGUGCGGGGGAUCCAGUUGCCAAGGGAUUAUGUGUACUGGGUUUUGUUGGCACAUAAGGAUUAUAUCCUCUUAAGAGAUGAUGAGGCGUUGAGAUUGGAUGGGGAAGGAUCGGCAAGGUUGUCGUUGGAGCUUACUGUGAAGUGGGACGCGUCUGUGAGAGUUUUGAUUGAGGAACAAGAUCGAGACCAGACGUCAACGCUGAGGGUUUGUUCUGUGAGGCCGGAUAUACCGGCUUGGGAAGCCAAUGCGAGGGUGACGCUACUGGGAGACGCGAUUCAUGCGAUGCCUCCAACUGGAGGAAUGGGUGUGAACACUGCAUUGCGCGAUGCGGAGGAUUUGGUGCGCAAGAUUAUUCAAGUUGGAGGGCCGAUUGAUAUGAGCGUGAAUGUCGUGGCGCAGUAUGAGGAAAGCCUGAGGGAGUUUGCGCGAAAAUCGGUCAGGCUUAGCUGGGAGGGAGGACAAAGAGGGUUUGACUUGAGAUCAGCCGAGACAUGUGAGGAAAUCAGUUUGUAGGAGGGUUUAUUUCGAUGCUAAGGAUAUUCUCAAUUGUUGCCUGAAAGAUAGCGGCAGCUUCGAUAUACGUUCAUCUACUACAGUAUCCAAUCUGCAUAGCAAAGUAAUGGUUUCAACGAGUCAUCAGCAAGGUGGCUGAAUGAG